AUGGCAAAUUACCACCCUCCCUUCUCGAGCGCUCCGCUCAAAACGGUCGAGGAGAUUCAGUUUGGCUUAAUGUCCCCCGAAGAGAUCAAAAACAUGAGCGUUUGCCACAUUCUGUACCCCGAGACGAUGGACGAAAGCCGCACAAAGCCGCGCGACGGCGGUCUCAACGACCCCCUCCUGGGCUCCAUCGAUCGUGGUUUCAAGUGCAAGACCUGUACGCAGGCCAUGAGUGACUGUCCUGGCCACUUUGGUCACAUCGAGCUGGCCAAACCUGUGUAUCAUCCUGGUUUCAUCAAGAAGGUCAAGAAGAUCCUGGAGAUUGUCUGCCACAACUGCAGCAAGGUGCUGGCCGAUACUAGUGAUCCCGAGUUUGUUACAGCCAUCAGCACUCGAGACGCCAAGCUUCGCUUCAAUCGGGUUUGGGCGGUUUGCAAGAAGAAGCGAAGGUGCGAGAACGAGGAUCGCAGCGAGAAGAAUGAUGAGGAUUUCGCCCCCGGCAUGAAACCGGUGGUCAACAACCAUGGCGGCUGCGGCAACGUGCAGCCGCAGGUUCGGCAAGCCGCUCUGCAGCUCAAGGCCGCGUUUGACGUCGCGCAAGAGGACGGCCCGAAGCGACGCGAGACGGUGCCCAUCACCCCCGAAAUGGCUCACGGCAUCUUGAGAAGGAUUUCCGAGGAGGAUCUGCGCCACAUGGGCCUCAACUCGGAUUACGCCCGCCCGGAGUGGAUGAUCCUCACGGUGCUUCCCGUGCCGCCUCCCCCGGUCCGCCCCAGCAUUUCCAUGGACGGCACGGGCACCGGCAUGCGAAACGAGGACGACUUGACGUACAAGCUCGGCGACAUCAUCCGCGCCAACGGCAACGUGAAGCAGGCGAUCCGGGAGGGCUCCCCCCAGCACAUUGCCCGGGAUUUCGAGGAGCUGCUCCAGUACCACGUGGCGACGUACAUGGACAACGACAUUGCGGGUCAGCCGCGCGCUCUGCAAAAGAGCGGCCGUCCCGUCAAGGCCAUCCGGGCCCGGUUAAAGGGCAAGGAAGGCCGGCUGAGGGGCAACCUGAUGGGGAAGCGGGUCGACUUCUCGGCCCGCACCGUCAUCACGGGCGACGCGAACCUGUCGCUGCACGAGGUCGGCGUGCCGCGCAGCAUCGCCAGGACGCUGACGUACCCCGAAACCGUCACGCCGUACAACAUUGGCAAGCUGCACCAGCUGGUCGAGAACGGGCCCAACGAGCACCCGGGUGCCAAGUACGUCAUCCGGGCCGACGGCACGCGCAUCGACCUGAGGCACCACCGGCGCGCCGCCCAGAUCUCGCUCGAGUACGGCUGGAAGGUGGAGCGGCACCUGAUGGACGGCGACUACAUCAUCUUCAACCGGCAGCCCUCGCUGCACAAGGAGUCCAUGAUGGGCCACCGCGUCCGCGUCAUGCCGUACUCGACGUUUCGCCUGAACCUGUCGGUCACGUCGCCCUACAACGCCGACUUUGACGGAGACGAGAUGAACCUGCACGUGCCCCAGAGCGAGGAGACGCGCGCCGAGGUCAAGGAGCUGUGCCUCGUGCCCAACAACAUUGUGUCGCCGCAAAAGAACGGCCCCCUGAUGGGCAUCGUGCAGGACUCGCUCGCCGGCGCGUACAAGCUGUGCCGGCGGGACACCUUCAUCGACAAGGACAUGGUCAUGAACAUGAUGCUCUGGGUCCCCAACUGGGACGGCGUCAUCCCGCAGCCCGCCAUCCUGAAGCCGCGCCCUCGCUGGACCGGGAAGCAGCUCCUCAGCAUGGUCAUCCCCAAGGAGAUCAGCCUGCACUCCCCCGAGUCCGCCGGCGGCGGCGACAACGCCGACAUGCCGCUCAAGGACACGGGCCUCCUGAUCCAGAGCGGGGAGCUGCUGUACGGCCUCUUGAAGAAGAAGAACAUUGGCUCGGCCGCCGGCGGCAUCGUGCACCUGAGCUACAACGAGCUGGGCCCCGAGGGCGCCAUGGCCUUCCUCAACGGCGUCCAGCAGGUCGUCACGUACUGGCUGCUCAACAACGGCCACAGCAUCGGCAUCGGCGACACCGUCCCGGACAAGCAGACCAUCGAAAAGGUCCAGGUCCACAUCGACACGCAAAAGGCCGAGGUGGCGAGGCUGACCGCCCAGGCCACGGCCAACGAGCUCGAGGCCCUCCCGGGCAUGAACGUCCGGGCGACGUUUGAGAACAAGGUCUCGAUGGCGCUCAACUCGGCGCGCGACCAGGCCGGCACGACGACGCAGAACAGCCUCAAGGACUCCAACAACGCCGUCACCAUGGCCGAUUCCGGGUCCAAGGGCUCGUCCAUCAACAUCUCCCAGAUGACGGCCCUGGUCGGCCAGCAGAUUGUCGAGGGCAAGCGCAUCCCCUUUGGCUUCAAAUACCGGACGCUGCCGCACUUCACCAAGGACGACUACUCGCCCGAGGCCCGCGGCUUCGUCGAGAACUCGUACCUGCGCGGCCUGACGCCGACCGAGUUCUUCUUCCACGCCAUGGCCGGUCGCGAGGGCCUCAUCGACACGGCCGUCAAGACGGCCGAGACGGGCUACAUCCAGCGGCGGCUGGUCAAGGCGCUCGAGGACCUGAGCGCGCGGUACGACGGGACGGUGCGCAACUCGCUCGGCGACAUUGUCCAGUUCCUCUACGGCGAGGACGGCCUGGACGCCAUGUGCAUCGAGAAGCAGAAGCUGGGCACCCUCAAGAUGUCCGACGCCGCGUUCGAGAGCAAGUACCGGCUCGACCUGGCCAACCCCCCGGACUGGUUCAGGAAGGACUACGAGUACGGCAACGAGCUGGCCGGCGACAAGGAGUCGAUGGACCUGCUCGACGCCGAGUGGGACGCCCUGCUGGACGACCGCCGCACCGUCCGCGCCAUCAACCGCGGCAAGAUGGGGGAGGAGAUGAUGCAGCUGCCCCUCAACGUCGGCCGCAUCAUCGAGAGCGCCAAGCGCGUCUUCAACGUCCGCGCGACGGACCGCAGCAACCUGCGCCCCACCGACGUGAUCCCCAGGGUGCGGAGCCUGCUGGGCGAGAUCAAGAUUGUCCGCGGCCAGGACCCCAUCUCGGUCGAGGCCGACACCAACGCCACGAUCCUGUUCAAGGCGCUGAUCCGCUCGCGGCUCGCCUUCAAGGAGAUUGUCAAGGUCCACCGCCUGAACAGGCUGGCCUUUGACCACGUGCUGGGCGAGCUGCAGAACCGCUGGGACCGCUCCUUUGUCAGCCCCGGCGAGAUGGUCGGCGUCCUCGCCGCGCAGUCCAUCGGCGAGCCCGCCACGCAGAUGACGCUCAACACGUUCCACUUUGCCGGCGUCUCGUCCAAGAACGUCACCCUCGGCGUGCCCCGGCUCAAGGAGAUCCUCAACCUGGCCAAGGACAUCAAGACGCCCAGCAUGGCCGUGUACCUCGACACGCACCUGGGCACGCAGGAGCAGGCCAAGAAGCUGCGGAGCAUGGUCGAGUACACCAACCUGCGCUCCAUCACGUCCGUCACCGAGAUCUACUACGACCCGGACAUCCAGGGCACCAACAUUGCCGAGGACGUCGACAUGGUCGAGUCGUACUUUCUGAUCCCCGACGACGCCCAGGACACGACGGACCAGCAGUCCCGGUGGCUCCUCCGCAUCACCCUCGACCGGCAGAAGCUCCUCGACAAGGAGAUCAGGAUCGACGACGUGGCCCAGCGCAUCAAGGAGGAGUACCCCAACGACCUGGCCGUCAUCUUCAGCGACAACAACGCGGACGAGCAGGUCAUCCGCAUCCGGACCAUCCGCGCCGAGAACGACAAGGACGACGACGACGAGAAGAGGAUCGAGGACGACGUCAUGCUGAAGCGGCUCGAGGCCCACCUGCUCGACACGCUGACCCUCCGAGGCGUGCCCGGCGUCGAGCGGGCCUUUCUGACCAUGGGCACGCGCCUGGUGAUCGACUCGGACGGGUCCGAGCUCGCGCGCAAGGGCGACGACAGGUGCACGCAGUGGUACCUGGACACGUCGGGCUCGGCGCUCCGCGACGUCCUGGCCGUCGACGGCGUGGACCCCACCCGCACCUACACCAACGACCUCUGGCAGAUUGUCGAGGUCUUUGGCAUCGAGGCCGCGCGGUCCGCGCUGGUCAAGGAGCUGACCAACGUGCUGGCCUUUGACGGCUCCUACGUCAACCACCGCCACAUCGCCCUGCUCGUCGACGUCAUGACGUACCGGGGCAGCAUCUCGGCCGUCACCCGGCACGGCAUCAACCGCGCCGACACGGGGGCCCUGAUGCGCUGCUCCUUCGAGGAGACGGUCGAGAUCCUCCUCGAGGCCGCGGCCACCGGGGAGCUUGACGACUGCCGCGGCAUCUCGGAAAACGUCAUGCUGGGCCAGCUGGCGCCCAUGGGCACCGGCAACUUUGACGUCUUCCUCGACCCCAAGAUGCUGGAGACGGUCAUCUCGGACAACUCGCGCAUGGGCCUCAUGCCCGGCAUGCCGGUCAAGGAGGGCGAGGCCGAAGGGGCGGCGACGCCCUACGACACGGGGUCCCCCAUGUCCAACGACUCGGGCUACAUGAGCAUGAGCUCGCCGGCCGCCGGCAACUUCUCCCCGAUCCAGGGCGCGGGGUCCGAGACGCCCGCCGGCUUCGGCACCGAGUACGGCGGGCCGUCGGGCUUCGGCAGCGGCAUCGGCUCCAUGAGCCCGUACAACCUGCGCGGCGCGGCGGCCGCCAGCCCCUUUAGCACGUCGCCCACGUCGCCCUUUGCCGCCAUGGGCGGCUACUCCCCCACGUCGCCCAACGCCGGCUACUCGCCGUCGUCGCCGCUCCUUGACGGCGGCGUCGGGCGCUACGCCACGUCGCCGUCCUUUAGCCCCUCCUCGCCGUCCUUUUCGCCAACCUCGCCCAUGCUGCGGCCCACCAGCCCUGCCAGCCCAAACUACAGCCCGACGUCGCCGAGCUACUCGCCCACGUCGCCCACGUCUCCCCGGCACUACUCCCCCACCUCGCCCGCGCAGUUCAACUCGCCCACCUCGCCCAGCUACUCGCCGGCCAGCCCCAACUACAGCCCGGCCUCGCCCAACCUGCACGGCGCCGGCGCCACCUCUCCCUCUUACUCUCCAGCGUCUCCCUCGUGGUCGCCGACGUCACCGGAGGCGUACUCGCCCACCAGCCCAAGCUUCCAGAGAAGCCCUGGGAACCAACAAAGUCCCACGAGCCCCAGCUACUCGCCCACCUCGCCUGCCUUUUCUCCCCGGACGCCUGGUCCGGGCAACUCGGGCAAUCAAUAUUCCCCCAACUCGCCCUCUAACGAUUGA